CCUUUCUCAUCGUAAAUCACCUCCUCCAAACUACCGCAGUUCCGUUGGAAGAACUUGCACAAUCCCCCAGUUCACUGAAUUGUCACAACGUCGUCGAUCGAUCUUUCGAUCCCGAGGACACAAGCCACCGUCAUAAAAAUGAGCGCGACAAUAAAAUAGAUUCACGAAAUGAUGAACAAUCGAAACUUGCUCACAGUCUCACAAAACGUCAGGACCUAAUUAUGAAUGGUGCGGGUUUCGGCGAUGAUCUGAUUGGAGUUGAGGAUUUCGUGUAUCCCAUGUUCCUAGAUGACUUCGGGACUCUUGGAGAACUAUACGUUAUUGACACAUUCGACGAAGGAUGUUAUUGGCAACCGGGUUUGGAUGGAAAUUGGUACCAAGUAUGCCCCGGAAUCAUAAACGAGAUGGAAUUUUUGCCUGUGGAGAUGGUGGUGUAA